GAAGGAUCAAGGAGAGGAGGAGGAGGAGGAGGAGCCCAUGAAGCCAGUCGGUCUGUGCUCGAGAAAUCUUUCUCCGUGGACUCUUCCAGUGCUUAAAUGCUUCUGAGCAUCUGGAUCCAGACAUCCCAGAGCGUGUCAUCCCGGAUUCCCUGGACGGGCUCUCAGGCUGCCCACAAUGCAUCAACCCCACCCCACCCCAUCACCCCCCAGGAUUUGUGGCCGUUAGUGGGGGAGAUGCUUGAAGUUGACCUUAUCUGGACGCCUGACUCAUCUCCAGGGAGACCUGCACUUGACAUCUUGGUGACUGCGCGUGUGGGCAGUGAACUUCCCCGAGGGCUUCGGCUUAGCAGUGACUCAUCUCACCUCGGGAGAGCCAUGAUCCAAAACACACUCCAAUGGCCUUAAAAAUAAAAGCGCACAUUGAUGACCUUAUUUACAGCUCGAGGAGGGUGUGUGGGACUUGUGACUGCUGGACUCACUGGAAAUCUUCAGCAUGACAACAAACAUGCCAAAGCUGUGUUCAUCAGCAACCUUUCCAUUGGCAUGAUUGAGGCCUAACAAAAUGGACUCUCAAGGUUCACGUCUUCAGGAUGACCCCGAUGUCAGGGUGAUGAUGACAGGGUCUACUUUGAGGAAGGUCAAGUCCCGUAUGUGGAAGAAGCCAAGGCAUUUCCGACUCCUGGAGGACGGUCUGAGUAUCUGGUACAAGUCCAGAUGGCUGGGAAAAGGUCACUCCACUUUCUCAGUGAGUGAGGUGGAGGCGGUGCGCGAGGGCCACCACUCCGAGGUCUUGCAGAGCAUCACGGACGAGUUCUCGGCUGACCUCUGUUUCACCUUGGUAUUUCACGGUCGCCAAGGCAACCUGGACCUCGUGGCCGAGUCCCCAGAUGAGGCCCGAGCCUGGAUCCGGGGAUUGCGCAAGCUCAUUCACAGGGCUAGAACCAUGGAUGAGAAGCAAAGACUGGAUCAGUGGGUCCAAGACUGGUUUCACAAGGCCGACAAAAACAACGACGGGAAGAUGAACUUCAAAGAAGUUCGGAAGCUGUUGAAGAUGAUGAAUGUGGACAUGAAUGAGGAACAUGCUCUCCAUCUCUUCACGAUGGCUGACCGAUCACAGAGCGGCUCUCUGGAACUCGAGCAGUUUGUCCUCUUCUACAAGAUGUUAACCCAGAGGGAUGAAGUGUGGCGGGUAUUCCAGGACUACUCCGGAGACGGCGAGACGUUAAUGCUGGAGGAGCUGGAGAACUUCCUGAACGUAGAGCAGCAGGAGGGAGAAGGCAGCGCUCAACAUGCCAGACAGCUGAUGGAGCACUACGACCCAUCGGGAACAGCCAAGAAGCAAGGCACCAUGUCCCUAGACAGCUUCCAGAUCUACCUGUGCUCUCCAGAGGGCUCCAUAUUCAAACCUGACUGUCUGGGUCUCUACCAGGACAUGAGCCAGCCGCUGAGCCACUACUUCAUCUCCUCCUCACACAACACCUACCUGAUGGAGGACCAGCUGCGAGGCCAGAGCAGCCUGGAGGCCUACAUCCAGGCCCUUAAGAGAGGCUGUCGCUGCGUGGAGGUGGAUUGCUGGGAUGGCAGUGACGGGGAGCCGGUGGUGUAUCACGGCCACACACUCACCUCCAAGAUCCUCUUCAAGGACAUCAUUGCAACACUGAAAGAAUAUGCCUUCACGACAUCCGACUUCCCGGUCAUCUUGUCCCUUGAGAAUCAUUGCAGUGUGGAGCAGCAGACAGUCAUGGCUCGUCACCUGAACAAGAUUUUGGGUGACACAUUGCUAAGGAACAUUUUAGACGGGCACACUAACCCUCAGUGUCUCCCUUCUCCACAGGAGCUCAAAGGAAAGGUUUUGCUGAAAGCCAAGAAAAUUGACGAUGCAGAGGGGUCCCUGGACAGAAUGCUUACAGAUGACAUUAGCGACGACGACGGGCUGACCAACGGUGAAGCUGUAGAAGAAGAGUCCAAACUCUCACGGGAGCUAUCCGAUCUGGUGGUUUACUGCAAGAGUGUCCACUUCCGUGGUUUUAAAGGCACCCCUUUACACACCAAAUGCAACGAGAUGUCCUCAUUUUCCGAGUCCAAGGCCAAGAGGCUCGCGAAGGAAGCAGGAGCAGACUUUGUGCGGCAUAAUGUAAAACAGCUCAGCAGGAUUUACCCUAGUGGCCUUAGGACUGACUCCUCAAACUAUAACCCCCAGGAAUUGUGGAAUGUGGGAUGCCAGAUAGUGGCUCUGAACUUCCAGACAGCGGGUCUGGAGAUGGACCUGAAUGACGGGCUCUUCGGACAGAACGGACGCUGCGGUUACGUGCUCAAACCGAGCUUCAUGAGAGACAAACACACAACAUUCAACCUGGAGGAACCCCAAGAGCAGCCGGGCUACAAACCUCUGCGCUUAUCCAUCCAGGUGAUAAGUGGGCAGCAGCUACCAAAGGUGAACCAGAAAGAAGGCUCCAUUGUAGACCCCUUGGUCAGGGUGGAGGUAUACGGCGUACCGCAGGACCAGACCAAGGAGGAGACCAGUCACAUACACAACAACGGAUUUAACCCUGUGUGGAAUCAGACUUUGAAUUUUGUCAUUCACACUCCCGAUCUGGCUAUGGUUCGCUUUGUGGUGGAAGAUUACGACAAGACAUCCAAAAAUGACUUCAUCGGACAGUACACGCUGCCGUUUACGUGCAUCCAAACAGGUGAGCAGAUAUCGUCACAUUCAUCUGCUCUCAAGAGACGGGACGGCCAUCCCGCCAGCGUCACUGUUUGUUUUUAUCAGUAUCUCGAAACGCACAUGAACUGCUUAACCCUCCUGUUUAAUUUUGGUUCUCAUUAACAUCAAUCCUCUUCCUGCGUCAAUUUGACCCGGGGGCUUGCUUAAUUACAGAAAGUGGCUGAAACAAACAAAAAAAAAAACAAUAAACACUGUUCACAUGUCAUGAUUACUGGUACUUAUAUUAGUAACCUUUCAAAUCAACACUGCAGUUUCUUUCACAGGUGAUAAUUAAAGGGGCAUAAUUCAUGUUUUGCAUUGUAAAAAUGCCUUUUAAAACCACAUUUUUUGUUUUUACAAAUAUGUGAAAUGAACUAUGUAUUGGAUGUUGAUAGGUGCAUCUUAAUAAAUUGGAAUACUGUGGAAAAGUACAGUAUGUAGUUUCAAUUCAAAACGUGAAACUCAUAGAUUCAUUAAACACAUGAAAAUGAUGGCCAAUUCCUACGUAAUUUCUAUAUUAAAAGUCAUUUAGAUUAUGUUUGUGAAUUUUGCGUUUCCAUUAGCUGUAAACUAUAAUCUUCAAAAUAAUAAUAAUAAAAAAAUUGAAAUAUUUAACUUAGUAGUGAAUCUACUGUAUCAUGAGUUUUACAUUAGGAAUUGAACAACUGAAACAAAUUAAGUUUUCCACCAUAGUCUAAUUUAUUACGCCAAGUAGAUGUUUAAUGCCCCCAAACUACCUAGCGCAGCAUAACAGGAGAUUUAAGUAAGUCUGGUUUGACAUUACAAUUGCAGUGUAUCAAUGAAGAAUAAAAAAAAAUAAAUAAAUAAAAAAAAAAGCAUGUUUGGGAUGUCAUAAGGGGCAUUUUCCAAAAUAUUGCCCAAGGGAUUUGACGUUUGAUAUAAACAUGGACAACAUUUGGAACUGAGUAAUGGUUCUAUCGUAGGAAAAUUUCCGAGUAGAAUCUGUGCAAUACUACAAUGUUUUAUAUGACAAUCAGUAUUGGCCUUGCUUGAGUAUAUACAAAGGUAACAAAAAGAGUGACAAGCAUCCUUAUUAUCCAGCCUUGUUAUUCCUAAACUGUAACACGCCAGCUUGAAUGAGUUGGAUUUAUUCACUUACUCCAUGUAUACAAGGCUUGUUGUGUACAAUUUUGGUAUAUGCAAAUGUUAUUGCAUGCAUAAAGAAAUGAAUGCCAAUUCAGUUUUAUGGCAAUGUUCUGCUCAUUUAUUCACUGUAAAAAAUAUACAUAAUUUUCAAUGACAAUUGACUUUUUUUUUUGGUUAUGUUGCGGGUCAAACUGACCUGUAUUACAAUUUUAAAAAUGCAAAAAAAUAAAAAUAAUGAUUCUG